AUGUUCCUGCUGAAAGAGAAAGAUGACACGCCGGCGUUGUUUACUGAAAUGGGCGAAUUAGGCCUGAAAGAAUGGAGGGAAACAGCACGUUGGGUGAAAUUCGAGGAAGACGUGGAACAGGGUGGCAAUCGCUGGUCAAAACCACAUGUGGCGACGCUGUCGCUUCAUUCGUUGUUUCAGUUGAGAAGUUGCCUCCUGAAUGGCCUGUUCAUGAAUGAUAUGCCUGAAACCGAUCUGCCAGCAAUCAUCGAUGCAUUGAUCGACGAGUUUGCGAAGGAAGGCGAUAUCGAAGAAGACAUGCGAGAUGAGCUACGGGAAAUCCUUAUGCGGAAACACGUGCACCAGUACGAACAAGCAAAGAAGAAUGGCCCCAACGGCGACAAAAGCGGUUUCCUCAAUACCGUCCGUUCCAUAUCUGACAUAGGAAAAUCGUUCUCCCAUGGGCGCAACUUGGGAAAGCUGGAAAAGGAACAGUUCGGACCACAGUUGGAGCUACCGAAGGUGGAGUCAUUGCCACGGGACAUGAACAAAGAUGGCUCUUCAGGAGAUAUUAGCAAGGGCAACACGCAUUUCCUGAAGAAACUCCCGCCUGGUGUCGAAGCAAGCAACGUUCUCAUCGGAGAGAUUUUCCACGACGUCGCGUACAAAGCUCGAAAUAAGGAGGACUUACUCGAUGGCGUUGACGAGUUUUUAGAUCAGGCGCCUCAUUUCCUCAGUGACUUUACCGACGCACUGAACCUGCAAUGCUUGGCCACAGCAUGCUUCAUGUAUUUCGCCCUUUUGGCGCCAAUCGUCACAUUUGGUGGACUGCUUGAGGAAGCCACACACCAACACACCCCAACGUAA